AUGUUUGCGUUUCAGGAGCCUAUGGCACCGAGGAGACGCUACGCUCGUGGGACUGCUCCGACACCACUUCCAGAGGUGCCAGAGUCAGCCGUGCCUCCAGUGGCGCCAGAGUCGGCUGGGCCUGGUGAGGUGCAGGAGUUGCGGGCGCAGGUGACCGCACUAGCCGGUCAGGUUGGGCGGCUCCAGGACCUGAUGGAGCGGCAGAUGGCAACGGUUGCUGCGAUGGCGGCUGCAGGUCGUGACCCGCCUGCCCCCUCGGUUCGUGCCCCUAAUGCGGCUGAGGGUGAGGGUGUUCCGGUGGCGCCAGUGGCGGCGCAACCCCCGCUGGUGGAUAUUCCUCCGGCUGCGUCGAGUUCUCCUACGCCUGCGGCAGCGGCUGAGGAGGCUGAGCGAGAGCGCGGUUACACGGCUCUCACAAGAUUUACGAAGUUCCACCCGCCUACGUUCGAUGGAGAAGUGAUAGACCCUUGGACGGUGGAGACAUGGUUGGCCUCGAUGGAGACCCUGUUCGAGGACAUCUAUACGGAGGAGCGGGACAGGGUGAAUUUGGCCGCUCAUUGCUUUGAUAAGCGGGCAAGGGUGUGGUGGAAGAGAGUAAAGCAAGAUCGAUCUUCGGAUCUUCCCCCGAUCAAUUGGGAGGAGUUCCGAAGGAUGAUGUUCGCAGAGUACUUUCCCGACAGUGAUAAGAGAAAGAUGCGGGAAGACUUUCGAAAGCUCAAGCAAGGCAACCGCACGGUUCGGGAGUACGAGCGCGAGUUCACCCAUAUCUUGAACUGCGUCCCAGACGUGUCGACGACGGAGCAAGACCGGGCGGAUUGCUUCGUGAGAGGACUCCGACCCGGAGUGUUUCGAUUGGUACAUGCCUUCAAGUUCCACACUUUUGCGGAGGCUUUGGACCGUGCCUUGUGGGUUGAGCACGGGAAUGCUUGCGAGCGAGAAGAGCGCGAGGCAUCCGAGAAGGACAAAGGGAGAAAGCGACGGGGCGGUGGUUUUGGAGAUCAAUCGGGUUCCAAGAAGCCCCCGAAGUACCCGCGAGAACGGUCCGAGGGCCGUGAAGUGCAACGGUGCGUCUUUUGUGGUGGAGACCACCGUGCGACGCAAUGUGAGCACCGCCGUGGGAGGUGCUAUGAAUGCGGCCAGGUGGGGCACAUGGCCCGAGAUUGCCCGAGAAAGGCCCCGUUCGCCCUGCCUGUCGCAUCGGCUCCGGCAAUUCCAGGCCAUUAUGGAGGAGCCCCACCUAUGGUUGCAUCGACUGGGCGUGCUUUGGCGCCACGUCAGCCGGAAGCGGCCCGAUCAGCUCCAAGUGGCCGGGUGUAUGCUGCUCAAGUUGAGGAGCCUGCUGUUGCGGAUGAUGUCAUGGCAGGUAUGGUUUAG